AUGGUUGGUGGAAUGAGCCAGCAGGAAGCUGUCCUUGCUUUUCUGUCUCUGACCAUUGUUGGGUUCAUCUGUGCUAUCUGUCUGCGCUGUAAAAAGAACUCGAUGAUUGUACAGGAGAAUAACCAGCUUUAUCAAGAGCACGUGUUUCAACGAGCAGGAAGCAGGUUUGCUGUGACUCGCUCAAAAACAGUAACAAGAACUAAUGAGAUGAGAUCCAGGAAUUUUGCAAACACAACUAACCCCCAGCUUCAGACACAAACUGAUUUGCAAACCAGUUACCAGAACAUUCCAAAAAGCACUCUGGAACCAAUGUAUAUAGACCCACGUUCAUCGCCUCCGUACAGCAACACUGUUUUGGACAAUGGUGAAUAUGAAAAUGUUUUUCCAACAGAAGUCAUCAACCAUGACUCCGACAGUUAUGAUUAUGAAAACACAGAAUUCCUUCAGAAGCAGGCUGAUGAAGAUGAACCAGACUAUGUGAAUGCUGAAAAUGAGAUCAAAUAA